UGUCGUAGUACAAAAGAAGACUGACCAGUAUGUUACGAUCAUCUUCGAGUGUAGACGGCAUGCCUAUGGAGGACAAUGCAGGAGAGAAGGGGCGAAGGAGGUCCUGUCCAUCUGGGCCUACGCCUGUGGAUAGCACCAUCUUCAUCAAGCGACAACCGUAUACCCAGGUAGUAUUUGACGAAAUCUACUUAAAGGAACAAAAUACGGACAAACCACCCUUUUAUCAGCGUGCAAAAGAAAAAGUUUCAUGCAGUCCGAAGAAAGUAUUCAAGGUUUUAUCCGCUUUUCUCCCGAUCAUCAAAACCGUUCGUUACUACAAUUUGAAGGAAAAUGCCGUUGUAGACAUUUUAUCUGGAAUUACCAUCGGGAUUCUGCACAUUCCACACGCUUUGGCGUUUGGACUACUUACUUCUGUGAAGGUAGAGAAUGGACUUUAUACAUCUGUCUGGCCGAUUAUUUUGUAUGCUAUCUUCGGAACUUCUCCGCACGUUUCCAUGGGAACAAGUGCUGUCAUUUGCAUCGUUACUGCAAGUGUUGUAGACAAGCAAGCAGAAGUAUUCAAGGCUGCGAAUGUGGAUUUACGGCUAAGUUAUGUUAAUGGAUCCCUAAAUGCUUCCCUUCCCGAAUGGGAAUCGAUCCCUGAAUUCAUGGAUUACAAGGAACAUGUGUCCAUGACAAUAGCUCUCUUUGCCGGAGUUAUUCUUCUGGCUAUGGGUUUCAUGAGACUCGGAUUCAUCACCGCUUACCUCUCCGAGUCAUUCCUCACCGCAUUCACUUCCGGUGCUGCUGUACACAUUGCAACUAGCCAGAUUCCAAUCCUGUUAGGAAUUUCCGUUCCCCGGUACGGAGGUGCCUUUAAGUUUCUGAAAAUGAACGCAGCCAUCUCAGAUAACAUCAGCGAGGUCAAUGUUGCUACAAUUAUUACAACCAUCAUCUGCAUUGCGUUUAUCGUCAUAAUAAAGGCAUGCAUCAAUGAAAGGUUUAAGGACAAACUAUUCAUACCAAUUCCAGCGGAGCUAUUGGUUGUUAUCAUCGCUACCCUUGUUUCGUACUUUGGCAAACUGAAUGAGGAGUUUGAUCUCGCAAUCGUUGGAUAUAUUCCUUCUACUAUACCUCCACCUGUUUUGCCCGAUACAACUGGAGUACAAGAUUACUUUGUGGACUGUUUUGUAAUCGCUAUUCUUAUCUUCGCCAACACAAUCGCUAUGGCAAAGGUCUGCGCCAAAAAACACAACUACGAGGUAGACGACAGUCAGGAAUUAAUUGCUUAUGGAAUGUGCAACUUUGUCAGUGCUUUCCUCAAAUGCUUCCCUUCCGCUGUCGCUCCACCAAGGUCAAUGGUCGCCUCCAAUAUGAAUGCUAAAUCAGCCAUUAAUGGAAUCUUCGCAGCGUUGCUCAUGAUUCUUGUGAUAAUGGCCAUGAGCAUUCUGUUUGAGCCUCUUCCCAAGGCUGCACUCGCAUCUAUCAUCUAUACUGCUUUGAACGGACUCAUCAUCCAAAUAGGUGAUUGCAGAAAAUUCUGGAGAAUUAACAAAAUUGACUUUAUUAUUUGGUUUUCCACUUUUGUGAGCACGGUUUUCCUAGAUAUCGACUAUGGACUUGGUAUUGGCGUUAUCGUGUCUCUGAUUACCGUUGUCUUCCAGACCCAGUUUGCCCGUGGAUUCAGACUCGGCCGAAUUACCAAGGACGGGGCUAUCGUAGAAUACAAGAGAUACACGGAGUCUGUUGAGGAUACUGGAGUCAAGGUGUUCCGAUUCCAAUCCAACCUAUUCUUCGCUAACGCUGAAAUUUUUCGCAACACUUUGUAUAGAUGCACCGUCAAUCCACGAAAACUUCUGAAAUUCUUAAAAAAGCAAGAGCGCAAAGGAGGUAACAAAGAAAAGAAGGUAUCGACUGACAUGACUGGUGUUACAGUUACUAGCGAACGCAAAGUUUCUCAAGUCAGUAUGAACUCAAAUGGCAAGAAUUCUUCCACCACCAACCUCAACAAAAGCGAUAACCCUGUAUUCUCAAUCUCCGACGAAAAUAUCUCUCGUUCCUCUAAUUAUAAUGGCAACGGAUCUUACCAGGGCAUGCUAAGACAGAUGUCAACCAUUUCCAGCCAAAGUCAGAUCAGUUACGAAGAGGAUCCCGAAACCGGAGAUGAACUUGUUACACCGGAAAAAAUUGGUAUCAUGCGCAAAACACACCACAUUAUCAUUGACUGUUCUAAUAUCAAUUACCUUGAUGCUUCCGGCGCAAAUGUACUUGGGCAUAUUUACUCAGAUUAUGAUCACGUGGAAAUUAAGGUAUUCUUAGCGGGAUGCUCCGUUGAUAUGAUAAAGACAAUGAUGCAAGCUGGUGUAUUCAAUAAAAUACCAAAAGGCAACCUAUUCUUGACUCUGUACGACGCCAUUGCUGUUGCUAAGACACAAUCCAUUCGACCACUUCCGCCGGUGGUGGAAGAUUAUGACGAUGAGGAAGCAGCUGAAGAUUCCUACAUUACAAACAUUCAGUAAGCAGUUUACAGAGGCACCUAAACGCCAUUUCAACUACAUGAUGUUGAUUAAUUGAAUUUCUCUAAUGGAAGAUGUGCCGACCUUACCCGACAUUUACUACUA